AAAAUGAUAGCUUUACACACGCGAGGAGGGGUCAUGCAAGUUCAUACAACAGGAAAUCCUACGCAGAGUCUCCCGAUCGUCUCUUUCUCUCUCUGUCAACCGACUCUCGCUCCUUGCCGUCGCCUGUGCAAUUCAAGCCUACGCCAUCGGAUCCAGCACGCCCGUGUCUCCUUCGUCGUCGGUGGCCGGAUAUUCGCCAGAAAACGCCGAGAGACCCCAAACUAGAACCAUUUUUGAUAUUUGGAAAGAUGUCAGGCCAAAGCCAGCGCUUGACUGUGGUUCCCACUGUAACAAUGCUUGGAAUGAUGAAAGCUCGCCUUGUUGGUGCUACAAGAGGUCAUGCUCUUCUCAAAAAGAAGAGUGAUGCUUUAACCGUGCAGUUCCGUCUGAUUCUUAAAAAGAUUGUCUCCACAAAAGAGUCAAUGGGAGAGGUCAUGAAGACUGCCUCAUUUGCCUUAACCGAGGCCAAGUAUGUUGCUGGAGAGAACAUCAAGCACAGUGUUCUCGAGAAUGUUCAAAAUGCAUCUCUUAAAGUUCGAUCAAGGCAAGAAAAUAUUGCUGGCGUCAAGCUCCCCAAGUUCGAGUAUUUUACUGAUGGUGAGACCAAGAAUGCCCUCACUGGAUUGGCUAGAGGUGGACAACAGGUUCAGCUGUGCCGUGUGGCUAAUGUGAAAGCGAUCGAGGUUCUUGUUGAGCUUGCUUCUCUUCAGACAUCAUUCUUAACACUUGAUGUGGCAAUCAAGACCACUAAUCGUAGGGUUAAUGCACUAGAGAAUGUUGUGAAGCCAAGGUUGGAGAACACCAUAAGUUACAUUAAGUCGGAGUUGGAUGAGCUGGAAAGGGAGGAUUUCUUCAGGUUAAAGAAGAUACAGGGUUAUAAGAAGAGGGCAGUCGAGAGACAGCGUGAAACUGCCAAGCAGUUUGCUGAGGAGCAGGUUGCAGAGAAAGUAUCUUUGCAGAAAGGGAUUUCAGUAAGUGCAGCUCACAACAUGUUAUCUGGAGUUGCGGAGAAGGAUGAGGAUAUCAUUUUCUGAUUUGGGGGUUAGCUUAGAAUGUGUAGCUUUGACCAGGCUUCUUGUUUCGCCAUCAACCCCCCCCCAAAAAAAGUUUAUUUACAUGGACCUUUUACGCCCAAACCCAAGCUGGCCCCUCAAACCCACCCCGCUAAAAAAACCCUCCAAAAAUGUAAAUAUGCCCCCCUUUAGACACCCCCCCCCCCCCCAAAAAAAAAAAAAAAAAAAAAAAAAUUUGCAGGACCCUUUUAAGCCCAAACCGGCGCCCUCAACCUUGUCUCCUCUUCCUUUUCCUUGCUAAUUUUAUUGCGUUGUGUUAUUUUGGUCGGGUUAUAGGUGAACUUGGGCAAGUGAUUAGGUGGAAGCAAAUGUCAAAUCUCGUUCAUGAUGAUUAUUAAAUUUGUUUUCUUUUUUUUGGGCAACAUGAUGUUGAUUAUCUUUUUAUUAAGAACCUUAUGUUGAUUACUUAUGUAAUGGUUUUGUUUUGUUUUGUUUUUUCGGUUA